CAGGCCGCGCCUGACGAGGAGACACCAUGAGCUGCGCCGCGCUGCUGGGCCUCCGGGCAGCCGUUACUGCCCCGCGGCUCUUGGGGGCGGGAAGCAGCAGCAGCUGCCGCCGCCGCCGUUGGAGCAGUGAGCCGUGCAGCCCUCAGCCGAGCCCUGUGCGGAUCGGCUGCGCCUCAGGCUUCUGGGGAGACACGGCGGCCUCAGUUCCUCAACUACUCUAUGGAGGGAAGCUGGAUUUCCUGGUUUUUGAUUACCUUUCUGAAAUUACAAUGUCUUUGCUAGGUACUACCAAAGUCAAAUCUCCAGACUUGGGAUAUACUCCUGAUUUUGUAUUAACGGCAAUGGCUCCUUAUUUAAAGGACAUCCACAGAAAGGGUAUUCGUGUUGUCAGCAAUGCUGGUGGAAUGAAUCCGCUUGCAUGUGCUGCUGCUCUCCAACAAGUGGCACAGAAGGCUGGUGCCGACUUGAAGAUAGCUGUUGUUACUGGGGAUGAUUUGAUGGGAGAGUUAAACAACAUAAAAGAAUCUGUCUCAAAAGGAGAUAAUGGGAAUCUGUUUCCAGAAAAUAUUCAUAGCAUGAAUGUAUAUCUGGGUGCAAGACCAAUAAGCAGAGCUCUUGACCUAGGAGCAGAUGUUGUGGUGACUGGAAGAUGUGUUGACAGUAGUCUUGUAUUGGGACCAUUAAUUCAUUCUUUUGGCUGGAACAGAAACGAGUUCGACCUCUUAGCAUCUGGAAGUCUUGCAGGUCAUCUGAUUGAAUGCGGUGCUCAAUGUACAGGUGGAAUAUUCACUGACUGGCAUAUUGUACCAGACUGGCAUAACAUCGGGUUUCCCAUAGUAGAAUGUUCUUCUGAUGGAAGUUUUAUUGUAUCCAAACCACCCAACACAGGGGGCCUGUUGUCAUUUGGCACAGUGGCAGAGCAGUUGGUAUACGAAAUUGGCAACCCCAAGGAAUAUCUGUUACCAGAUGUGACAUGUGAUUUCUCUCAGGUUUCCCUUACAGAAAUUCCAGACAUUGAAGGUGGUGCAGUGAAAGUUCAGGGAGCAAAAGGAUUACCUCCUUCAUCCUUUUACAAGAUAAAUGCUACUUAUCUUGAUGGAUUCAGAGCUACUGCUUGCUGUCCAGUAGGAGGACCAAAAGCAAUAGAAAAAGGAAGAAGAACUGCUGAAAGUAUUUUGGAAAGGACUCGCAAUAUGUUUGAUCAGCUGGGAUAUGAAGACUACAGUGCAAUUAACCUACAAAUUUUAGGUUCUGAGGAAACUUAUGGACCACAUGCCAAAUUGAACGUAGAUGGUGGUCCCCGGGAAGUUGUUAUUUGGCUUGCUGUACUUCAUAAGCAGAAAAAGGCAGUGGAAAUCUUUUCCAGAGAGAUUGCCCCUGCUGGAACAGGAAUGGCACCUGGUCUCACUGGAAUUGUUGGAGGGCGCCCCAAAGUGUCUCCUGUUUUGAAACCAUUUUUCUUCUUUUAUCCAAAAAAGAAUGUUAAGAUUGACAUAUUCAUGAAUGGACAACAUGUUGAAACAUUUGAGGAUGAUCUUUCAUUCACUUCAGAUGCAGCUGUUUCACAAGACGAUUCUCAGAAUCAAGAAGAGUUAAAAGAUCUACCGAGCGGCCCACAUUCAUAUCGUCUGGAAGAUCUUGCUUAUACCAGGAGUGGAGACAAAGGCAACACAGCAAACAUAGGUGUCAUAGCCCGGCAUCCCCUCUACUACCCGUAUCUCAAGAAAAUAUUAACUGCUGAGGCUAUAAAGGGUUAUUUUCAGCAUCUCUUUGAAGCGGAACAGCCUGAGGAGAGCUUGGUCACGAGGUAUGACUUGCCAGGAAUAUAUGGAUUAAACUUCGUUCUAAAGAACUCCCUUGGUGGUGGUGGUACAGCAUCUCUGAGAAGUGACCCACAGGGCAAGGCAUUUGGACAGAUGCUGCUAGACUUCCAGAUUAAAAAUGUUCCAGAUUUAAAGUCUUUGAUAGAAUAAUACCAUUAGUCUCAUUCAGUUUUGAAACCAUGUUAAAUGAACGUGAACUAGAAAAAAAUUAAGUAAAAAAUCAAGGAACCACUAAACGUGGUGGUGGCAAUUAUCAGUCUAAGGUUUAACUAAUUCCUAAUGCACAGAUAAGGGAAUGUUCUGAGUAAUGCCAGAUUUGUUGCUUUGUAAGUGACUGGUAUUUCCUGCCUAGUGCAUUAGAUGAAGAGCCUAUUUAUUUCCUGUGAAUAUAAUUAAGCAAUAAAUUGUAGAAUAUCUUUCUUAAGAGAUAACCACUGUUCCCAAAUAAAAACUUACUGACCUUCUCUACUACUUUCUGGUACAGCAAUAAAACUAGCAACACUGUUUAAUGUGAUAAUAUAGAAUUAUUAGAGUAUCCCUGUUUGAAAACUGAUGCUACCUUAUGAGCUUGAGGAAUUGUUAUUGCCUCUAUCUGUAGUAUCUCUAAUAACACUAGCUUCUCAUGACAAAUUAUAUUUUUAUAUUGUCCUGUUCUCAAGCAGACAAAAAACAACAACACAACCUUGUGUUUCUUUGUUCAGUUUUGUAUGGUUAGUGAAGCUUAGCUACUCGAUUAGCCCCGAUUUAAUUGGAGAAUUUCUGGUAUAUGUAUUGGGGGUUUUUUUGCGGGGGUGGGGGUGGUGGGAAUUAAACUGUUACUCUAUGGUCACUUUAUGUUGUUGCAUCAGUGGCCUCAAGUGAUUUCAAUAUGCAGCCAGUUGGGUCUGAUGUAGUAAACACACAGCAAGAUAAAUGAUGUGAUGGAUGUAGCUAAUGAAAUAUCACUCUUGAUAUCUCCAGAUUGUGUUGGGAUGUCCUGUACUAUUGAGUCAGUUUCCAGAAUAAAACGGAAUGCUCCAAGAGCCUUCUCUGUGCAUUGAAAAAUUGAGAGAGGUCAGGGGCUGAGAUGAAGUUGUGAAAGCAACAAACAUUGCCAGACAUAUAAGAGAAGGUUCCAGCGCUUUCACUUCCUACUGGAUGGCAAAACCUCAUUUAGGUCCAUAUGCAUGAGACAAGGCAGUAUCCCCACACUGAAUGCACUUUAUUGUAAGGUUUACAUGCAAUGACCAGGAUCCAAAGAACUUUUCUAGAUAUGCCUAAGCAGGUGGGGCAUUCCCAGUGGGAUUUUUUUAACCAACCCCUCCCUUUAAGCAUCAGACCACCAUGCCAUGUCACAAGUACUUUUGAAACACUUUCAAAAAUGGUUCGUCAUGACAGUGGGAGGGACAGGGCUGAAGUUUUGAAAAGCACAAUUCGUUCGGCCCCCUGGGGCGUGCAGAAUGAUGUUCUUUUGAUCCUGGCUACUGAACUUGAAGAUAAAUGCUGAUGGUACAGUGAGUUAAGAAGUUAUUGCCCCUGGAUGAGUACAUAUAGACACACCCUAACAAAUGACUCCUGGAAGGAUGGAAGAGUUGCCUGCCCUACUCUUUCAAACCAUGCCUUAAGCUUUAUGAGGGAUGGACCAAAUAUUAGCUAAGAGUUUCUUAGGACUUCAGAAAUUGUGAUCCAUGGAUUGAAUACUACAGUGAGAGAAAGGACAAUGAUACAUGUGUGCAUUUAAAAUGGUUUUGUGAGAAUGGUUGUGUACAACUAUAUCUCAAAAUGCAUAUAUUUUGUUUAUUACUGCUUGUAAAAAUGAAAAUGUAGUAACAUUAUUUGAGCUAUGUUAACUUUACCAGAAACUUGCAGGCACAUGUCAGCUCUAAUUUGCUGCUUAUAAUCAAGGGCUGUGUAUAAAUGCUUUGCACACUGGAUUUGUCUCCACUUGAAAUUGUUAUAUCCUUAUAAGGAUGAUUAAUAGCAAGGAAGAAGACUUUAAGGGCACAGUUUGCUGUUACUGAAUCCAAGAUUGCAAACAGAUUUUCCACAAUAGUUGCUUCCAAAGCAUAGCUCAAGCCAUUUUGUUAUGUUGAUCAGUCUUUGGACUUGCUCCCAAGGGUUCUGUACAGGACAUCUUCAUUCCUCAAUGUACUACACCUACGUUUAGCAUUAAAUAAAGGUUUAAAUAGCAUCA